AUGGUCAAAGUAACUUCAGAAUAUAUUUCCAUCGGUUGUAACCGUUCAGCUCAUGCAGCUUGUUGGGGAAAUAACGGCCUUGUUGCUUUUGGUGCUGACGCUUUGAUCGCUUUGUAUUCACCUUUGAAUGAACACAGUAAAGGUGUAAAAGAAACAAUUCCCGGUCAUAAAGGUCGUGUUAUUUGUCUCAAGUUCAUUGAAAGAGGCAAUAAGACAGACAUCAAUGAUAUUGCUUUAGUAUCAGGUUCUGCAGAUUGUACAGCAAAGAUUUGGAAGACAGAUGCUACUGGCAAGUGGAUCAAUUCAGCAACACUUGAGGGACAUACAGGUUCUAUUGAAACCAUUGCUUGUAUGCGAGCACAAUCCAUUGAUACAGAGCAAGAUUUGAUUGUCACUGGUUCUUCUGAUGGCACCAUUCGUAUUUGGAAACGUAGCAUUGUGGAUGAAAACACAGAUCAAGUCACCUGUGUUCAAACCAUCAGUAAUGGUAACAAAUACCCAAUGUCUUUGGCACUUUCUUAUCUUCCUGAAAGCAAGACUCCCAUUUUGGCCAGCGGACAUACCGAUAAACUGAUUUCGAUCUAUGCUCAACAAUCAGGCAAAUUUGAAAAAAUGCACGUCUUGCAAGGCCACGACAAUUGGGUGCGCGAUCUUGCUUUUGCAACUUACACUGCAACAGAGAAUGACGGCAACAACCAAUUCUUCCAAGAAGGCGAUUUAAUGUUGGCAAGUGCAAGUCAAGAUAAAUAUAUUCGUCUCUGGAAAAUUUCAGCACAUAUUCCUGCUACAGCAAAGCCUUCUUCUGUUGAAUCACCACAAGCAGAUGAAAACGACUUGUCUGAAGCAUUAAAAAAAGUGAAUUACGAACAAUUGAGUACCAAAGCUCAUUUGAUUACAGUCGACAAUCGCCCAUAUUCUCUUAUGUUUGAAGCCUUGUUGAUGGGACAUGAUGAUUGGGUAUUCAGUGUUGAAUGGCAACGGCCUUUCUUGCAAGGAGAUCGCUUGGUUCAACCUCUACGUCUUAUUUCAGCCUCUAUUGAUAAAUCCAUGAUGAUUUGGAGCCCUGAUGCAGACACAGGUGUCUGGGUCAAUGAGAGUAGAAUGGGUGAUAUUGGUGGUUCUACUUACCUCGGUUUUUGUGGUGCAUUGUUUAGUCCUGAUGGUAAGAGCAUUAUCUCUCAUGGUGCCAAUGGUUCUUUUCAUCUCUGGAAAGAACAGACAGAAGGACAUUGGGCACCUGAAGUAGCCAUCAGUGGUCAUUUCAAGUCUGUAGAAAGCAUCGCUUGGGAUCCUCAUUCUCGUUUCUUGCUUUCAGCUAGUUUAGAUCAAACAACCCGCUUAUUUGCUCCUUGGAAUCGACAACAAAUCACAACUUGGCAUGAAAUGGGUCGUCCUCAAGUCCAUGGCUAUGAUAUCAAAUGUAUAGCUUUUGUGCAUGACUGGCAAUUUGUGUCUGGUGCUGAUGAGAAAGUGUUGCGUGUGUUCGAUGCUCCUCGGUCUUGUGUAGAGAGUCUGGCUGCCUUGACAGGCAAUGAAGCCAUCUUGGUAGGCAUUGAGAACAGACCUGUGGGCGCUAAUUUACCCGCUCUUGGUCUUUCUAACAAGGCUGUGUUUGAGGGUGAUACUGUUUCCCAAGAACAACAUCAAGAAGUAGGCAGUCAUUCUGCUACGGCUGCUUCUGCUGAAACUUUGGCUCAAGUCAUGCAACACCCUCCUUAUGAAGAACAAUUGUUACAACAUACUUUAUGGCCUGAAGUAGAAAAGCUCUAUGGUCAUUCUUACGAAUUGAUGGCUGUACACACAACACAUAAUGGUCAAUACAUUGCCUCUGCCUGUAAGGCUGCCAAUCAAGAAUAUGCUGUGGUGCGCUUAUUUGACACAAAGCAUUGGAAGGAAGUGCCUACCAAGAUUGAUGCUCAUGCCUUAACUGUCACACGCGUCCAAUUCUCUCACAAUGACCGUUGGUUACUAACAGUGUCUAGAGAUCGUCUUUGGAGUAUCUCUGAACGUACUCAAGACCCUGAAACACCUUAUCGCUUAGUAGCUAAAUCAAAAGCCCAUGCACGUAUCAUUUGGGAUUGUUCUUGGAGUCAUGAUGACAAGCUAUUUGUUACUGGUUCUCGUGAUAAGACACUUAAGGUCUGGACAAGUGAAAAUUGGGAAUGUGUGGCUACUAUUAAAUGUGAAGAAGCUAUCACAGCCGUUGACUUUGCUCCUAUUGCAGUGAAUGGAAGGCAAGUAAUCAAAUAG